GGGUUUUGGCAUUAUCAAUCAGAUAGUUACCAAAGAAAAAGGAAAAGAAAAAACCACCCAGGAUUUUUUUUCCAUGGCAGAAGAAAACAGCAAAGGAAACAUUGAACCCGAGAAGCAAAGCCUUCUCAAUCAGCACAAGGAAAAGCACUUCACCGCUGGAGAGAUCGUCCGUGACAUUAUCAUCGGAGUAUCCGAUGGUCUCACUGUGCCCUUUGCUCUUGCCGCAGGGUUGUCUGGUGCCAAUGCUACCUCUUCCAUUGUUCUCACUGCUGGCAUCGCUGAGGUUGCCGCUGGUGCCAUCUCUAUGGGACUUGGCGGGUAUCUGGCGGCUAAAAGCGAGGCCGAUCAUUAUGCAAGGGAGUUGAAAAGAGAGGAAGAGGAAAUAAUUACUGUGCCUGACACUGAGGCAGCGGAGGUGGCUGAAAUACUGGCGGAGUAUGGGUUGGAGCCACAUGAAUGUGCACCUGUGGUCAAUGCUCUAAGGAAAAGGCCUAAGGAUUGGCUUGAUUUUAUGAUGAAGUUUGAACUGGGAUUAGAGAAGCCAGAUCCAGGAAGAGCAUUACAGAGCGCAUUCACCAUUGCUAUUGCUUACAUAUUGGGUGGAUUGGUGCCACUCCUUCCUUACAUGUUCAUUCGAAAAGCUAGGGAUGCUGUGGCUGCGUCGGUGAUCAUAACCAUAGUGGCACUCCUCAUCUUUGGCUACGCCAAAGGUCACUUCACUGGCAACAAACCCGUAAAAAGUGCUGUCCAAACUGCUUUCAUUGGUGCCAUUGCAUCUGCUGCUGCUUUUGGCCUGGCUAAGGUUAUCCAUCCCUAG